CUGCCCACUAUAUUCCGUAUUUUACACCCAGUCCCAUCCCCUCCCAUUGACAUGCACUACAUCAGGUUUUGCAGGCCGCCCGAGGUCCAGGCGGGGCGAUCGCAGGCAUCCGUCAAGAUCGUGCUCACCAUCACCACGGAUCUCAGCGAUGCAUUCCUGUCGCCGCGCAACCCGGUCCCGCUGGCCGUCAUCGGCGCUUACACCGAGCGCGGGCCCGGCGGCGAUGGCGCCGACCGGCUCAUCCCGGCUCCCCUGACCGCGGCCGGCAGCCCGCCGACGUGGCGGGCGGGGAUGCGCGUGCUCAAGCUCGACCUGCCGCUGCCGCCGCUGCCGCGCCCGCUCGAGACGCUGCAGAUCCGCCCGCUGAGCCGCCAGCUGGCCGCCCUCGCCACGAGCGACGUGCUGCCUGGCGACCGGGGGCUGAUCAUGCCCGUCUACGCCGACAUGCCCCGCGAGCCUGGCGCCGUCGGGCCAUCGGUGUGUUUCCGCAGCCUGAGGCUGUCCGCUGGCGAUGGCCGCGGCGGCGCUGGCGCUGCUGCUGCUGCUGCUGCUGUCCCGCCGCUGCAGAUCGAGGAAGAUCUCGGUGAGAGCAUCGCGCGCCAUAUCUGGGAUUCCGGUGUCGUCAUGGUGUCAAUGCUUGCGGACCUCUGCUCAGUUGGGAGUCCAGCUGGCGGCGGCGGCCCCUUGCCGCGACUUCGCAGCAUCCUUCUUCAACAGCUACAUCGGCCAUUGAACAUCCUGGAGCUCGGCUGCGGGGUCGGCGUCCUGGGCAUCGGACUCGCGCGGAUCCUGUCGCUGGCUCAACAAGCCGAAGCCGGAGCGAAGGAGCCGCCGCACAUCCUCAUGACGGACCUGCCUGAGGCGGAAGGGAAGGCGCGGGCCAACAUCGCCCGUCAGGCUGGCAGUUUCGAGGUCGCACCAGCCGACCUCGAUUUUGAGCCGCUGGACUGGCAAGACGGCCAGCACGGCAAAUUCGGCGGGAAGGCGGGGUCUCGCGCCUGGGAUCUCGUCGUCUUGUGUGACUGCACCUACAACACCGACACGUUGCCGCCUCUGGUCAAGACGCUCUCGGCGCUUCACGGCCAUACUGCGCGGCUCGGCUCUUCUGCGGCCGAAGCACCCACCAAAACUGAGGUUCUUGUCGCAACAAAGCCGAGACACUCGUCUGAGCGGAUCUUCUUUGACCUAAUGUCCGCUGACGGAUGGGUCGUGCGGGAACAGACAGUGCUGCCGCUCCCUCUGCUCGACGCCGAAGGCCAGACCGUCGAGGUUUAUCUUUUUGGGAAAUAGGGUUGGCCGAUCUUGAUACGCAAGUGACGAACUCCUGAUAAUGCCUACCUCCGAAGCUACCUAGGUAUAGAGAGGUUAACUGGCGUC